AGAGAGAGAGAGAGAGGAGGGGGUGGAGGAGGAGGACUGGCUGCCCUUCAUCUGUCUGCUCUAGGCGGAGCUGAAGUUACCGAGAGCGGCCGCGGGAGCUCGACGCGAUCCGUGGGGCGAUAAACAUCCACACCGGGAGAAAUGCGCUAAUUUACCCGAGCAGACCCUGACCGGCGAUCAGUUCACCGACCAUCAUCGACUGAGACUCGCUGCGCUGUUUAUUAAAGGCCUCUGUCGCUUUGGGUCGGACUCAAUGUCGCUCCUGUUCGGCCGCUUGAACCGACCGAUGGGCUCGGCGCCUUCUGCCGUAGAGUUGCUUCAUUUUAGAGACAUUAUUUUGGCGUCAAUUCAGGAAUAAAACUAGUUAAAGCCAGAAAAUGUCGGAUAUGUCGUCAGCUUGUGAAGCUAAACAACGACUGAAGCGGACUGACACGAAGAAACCUGACUCAUAUUAAGAUACCGCUCGAGCAUCUGGACCAGAACCAAAUACAUCGAAACUAAAUCUUGUUUAUAAACACCGAUAACAACCGAGACGCGAUCGCUGCAGGCUUUGAGAUCUCUCUUAAAAGAGCUGAAUACCUGCGAGGAAGUCACACUGCAUGAAGUAUAAUCGCUCAAACUCCAAGCCAGCAUGAAGAAAAUGCGUUUGUAAUCUAUUUAUCAAAGCACACACUAACCCAAAGGCGUCUAAAAUCAUGCAUUGCCUCCAAACGUUCAUUUGCACGUUUAAUUUCGGACGAUUCCCACCGAGCACAUGAGUUUGAACUCCGUUCGAUAGAGAAGAGGGGGGAAAAAAAGAAAAUCUACUGGAACUUUUUUUUUUUUUUGAGCUGAACCCAUCCAGAAGCACCAGGGCCAUCAUCAGGAUGAGAGUGCGGAUCCUAGACCGAACAUCAGUGCUGUCACUGGGGCUGUGCACAUUGCUUCUGCUCAGUGCUGUGGCUGCUGCUCAGAGUGAGGAGAGAGAGCGGGAGUGUGCUUUUAAUGACCAGCACCAGCAGGUGGAUGAGCAGAGUGUGGCUGCUGACUGGCACAUCACCAGAGAAAAUAACACCAUCCUGUGCAGCAAGAGCAGCCGCUGCUACGGCCUGUGGGAGAAAACACAUGACGGAGAGAUCCGCCUGGUCAAACAAGGCUGUUGGACUUACAUUGGCGACCAGCAGGACUGCCAUGACGACCGUUGCGUGGUUACCACCACGCCAUCACAGAUCCAGAAUGGCACCUACAGAUUCUGUUGCUGCAGCACCAACAUGUGCAACGUCAACUUCACAGAGAACUGGGUGCCCAGCCCUACCAGCACCACCCAAGAGCAGCAGCCUUUACACAGGGAUGAGGCCAUCUUCAUCGCCCUCGCGUCUGUCUCUAUUGUGGCGGUCUUGAUCGUGGCGCUGUUCUUCGGCUAUCGCAUGAUGAUGGGUGAGUGUAAACAGGGUCUGCACAAUAUGGACAUGAUAGAGGCCGCACCAUCAGAACCGUCUCUGGAUUUAGACAGUUUAAAGCUCCUGGAAUUGAUUGGUCGAGGACGCUACGGUUCUGUCUACAAAGGAUCACUGGAUGAACGGCCAGUCGCCGUAAAGGUUUUUACCUAUGCCAACCGGCAGAACUUCGUGAAUGAGCGCUCCAUCUACCGAAUCCCUCUUCUGGAGCAUGAGAACAUUGCUCGUUUUAUUGUUGGCGAUGAGCGUCUCACGACAGAUGGGCGGAUGGAGUACCUGCUGGUUAUGGAGUACUACCCUCAUGGCUCUCUGUGUCGGUACCUGAGUCUGCACACGCUGGACUGGGUGAGCUCCUGUCGUCUGGCACAUUCGGUGACGAGAGGACUGGCCUACCUGCACACCGAGCUGCUGAGAGGAGAUUUAUAUAAACCUGCCGUUUCACACCGGGAUCUAAACAGCCGUAAUGUUCUGGUGAAAAACGACGGCACGUGUGUGAUCAGUGACUUUGGCCUGUCCAUGAAACUGACGGGAAAUCGCCUCGUACGGCCUGGUGAAGAGGAAAACGCCGCCAUCAGUGAGGUGGGCACAAUCCGCUACAUGGCGCCGGAAGUGCUGGAGGGAGCAGUGAACCUCAGGGACUGCGAAUCGGCUUUGAAACAGGUGGACAUGUACGCCAUCGGCCUUAUCUACUGGGAGACCUUCAUGAGAUGCACUGACCUUUUUCCAGGGGAGGCAGUGCCAGAUUACCAGAUGGCCUUCCAGGCCGAGGCAGGGAACCACCCGUCCUUUGAGGACAUGCAGGUGCUGGUGUCCAGAGAGAAACAGAGACCCAAGUUUCCAGAAGCUUGGAAGGAGAACAGCCUGGCCGUGCGCUCCCUCAAGGAGACUAUGGAGGAUUGCUGGGAUCAGGAUGCAGAGGCUCGUCUGACAGCGCAGUGUGCAGAAGAGCGUAUGGCAGAACUGCUGCUGAUCUGGGAAAGAAACAAACCCGUCAGCCCCACCAUCAAUCCCAUGAGCACAGCGCUGCAGAACGAGAGGAAUCUCACCCACAGUCGCAGGGCUCCCAAGAUGGGCUCUUAUCCAGAUUACUCUUCAUCCUCUUACAUCGAGGAUCAUGAGGGCAUGGUGAAGAACCUCCCAGGCGACGUCUCCACGUCUGGCACGUCCUCUGUGGGUGGCAUGGGCGUGAGCGGCAUCAGCGGCGGCGUGGCGGUGACGGGAGAGAAGAACAGAAACUCUAUCAACUACGAGAGACAGCAGGCUCAGGCCCAAGCUAGGCUGCCCAGUCCAGAGACCAGCGGCACGAGUCUGUCCGCCACAACCACCACAACGGGCCUCACGCCCAGCACCAUCAUGACCACCAUCUCUGAGUCAGGCCACUCGGAGGAGGCCGGAGCCGGAGGAAGCGUACCAGUGUGCCUUCAGCUCACAGAAGAGGACCUGGAGACCACCAAACUGGACCCCAAGGAGGUGGAUAAGAACCUGAAAGAAAGCUCUGAUGAGAACCUGAUGGAGCAUUCGCAGAAGCAGUUCAGCGCUCCUGACCCACUCAGCUCAGGCAGCUCCAGCCUCUUGUACCCGCUGAUCAAACUCGCCGCAGAAGUGACUGGAGGAUCAGGAACUGGCAGCCAGGCUGAUUUCGGGGUGGGCGGCAGUGGAAUGGGCGACACUCCUACAGCCAUAUUCCCUCUUCCCAAACAGCAGAAUCUCCCCAAGCGGCCCACCAGCUUGCCCCUCAACACCAAAAAUUCUGGCAGGGAGUCUUCGUCGUCACGGUUGAAGUUUGGCAAGCACAAAUCCAACCUGAAGCAGGUGGAGACGGGCUUGGCCAAGAUGAACACUGUAGUGACAGUCGAGCCACACUUGGUCGCCGUCACUAACAAUGGGCCCAGUGUCCGUAGCGGCGUUGGAGUGGUCGUUGUUAAUGGAUAUGGUGGGGGCAGUGGCGCUGGCUCCUCUGAUGCAUUUGGGAACACCAACCCAGCCGGGCCGCAUGGCGACGGUGGUGCACCUCUGCUCCAGAGCCAGCUGAGUGGAGAAGACAGCCGCCUCAACAUCAACAUCAACUCCAGUCCCGAUGAACACGAGCCCCUGUUGAGGAGAGAGCAGUCAGCGGCACACGAUCACUCCGGUCGCACCAACUCCAAUAACAACAACAGCAACAUCCACACAACCGCCACGAUUCGUACCUUAGCUCCUGUAGACGCCCCGAUGGAGACAUUAACCUGCCCUCCGGGGGCACCAGAUGGAAGGGAUGAUGGGGUUCCUCUGAGACGGCAUAAGCCCAGGAGGCCUGAGCGGCCAAACUCACUGGACCUGUCAGCAACUUCCCAGGAUUCUUCUCUUCUGGAUGAGGUCGUGUCACAAGAGGGAAAAGCCGGAUCGGCCGAGAAGAUUAAGAAGCGUGUGAAGACACCUUAUUCUUUGAAAAGGUGGCGUCCUUCUACAUGGGUCGUCUCUUCAGAAACGCUGGACGGAGAGGUGAAUAACAACGGGCACAGCCAGCAGACGGGGACGGCAGCGACUGGAGGUGCUCUCCCAAGUUCUGGCCAAUCAAAAUCCAGCAUCGCUGUGUUCCUGGUCAGCGGUGGAACUGCGACCGCCACUCUAAACUCCGACCCACCAGAUAUGACCUGCCUGUGAACUCGCAUCUCCGCUUUUCCUCUGAGGAUGAGCCCAGAUCAGACUUUGAACACAGCUAUGCUAUCGUGCUCCAAGAACUGAUCCAGCUGAUGACCGAAAAGAAAUAUACGAAAAACGUUUUUGGAAAGCAGACUCUUGUAGGGACGUAAUUUGGCAAGCACUUAACUUUGUCGAACUUAUCCAACUUGUUUUGAAGAAAUCGCUUUAAACCGAACCCAGCUAUGCAGCAACAUUGGCAUAAAAUGCUUCCAUUUGUUUUUGUUGUUUCAUUUUCAAUUGUUUUUAUGGUUGUUCUUUCAUUUGUUGCACUUUUUUUGUAAGCAAUCUUAAUCACAAAUCCUCCGACCAUGUUCAAGACUGGUCUUAAAACUGAAAAACGUAAAUGACAAUGUGUUGAUUUAACAAUCAUAGUAAAUUAGGCGAAAUUCAAAUCAUGUCCAUCUAAAGAAAAAAAAAGGCAGUGGUCUUUUAGACAGGGUUGACUGCAACUCUAAUACUGUUUAACCUACAGUACAUUCAUAUGUUUUAUAUUUGUUGUACGUAUCUGUGUACUGAGUUUUUUUUGUAUAAUAUUUUGAAAUGUGCAAUAGACUUUAGCUUUGAGGUGCUCCAUAAGACAAUGUCAUUUUGCUAUGUGUUUAAUGCCGCUUUUGUUUGUUUCUUGUCUUUAGUUUAAUAUCUUGAAGCGCUGCACUUAGCAGUGGCAAUCCUGUGUCCAUUCGGCCACCCCAACUGCAAACAUCGAAACGUCGUAUAAAUGACAAUCCCACACCUUUUCACCAAUCCCAUCACUCUUGAAAAGGGAAGUAAAAAAGUUAAAUCUUGGAGUGUUUGCUUUAAUUACUGGACGACUUCUCACAAGCUUCAACGAGGACAGUAGUUUUUUUUUUCUGUUACACUACAAGACAGGCAUCAAUCUGGACUGUUUGCUGGAAAUCAUGCUUUCUGAAGACACUGAAUAAUCAAGUCUCUCUCUGCACAUGCUCAGUGCAGUUUUACCUCUGUGAGAUUGUAUGUAAAUAUGUAUGUAUGGGUCUACUUCUGCUUUACUGAGCUCCUCAAAUCACCGCUGACAAGGCAUCAGUCAAACAAUACUUUCCACUUCCCAUCUCUGCCAGGAAAGUGAAUGUUGCUCCAUGUGCUUUAGAAAGCAAAAACACACACAUAUACGUACAUACGCCAUGAACAAAAUAUAUACAGUAUGUACAGACUGAAGCUCACAGCUACUUUAGUUCUGUUUUAGCCUCUGUUAAAAUAAGCUGACAUGAUAGUGUACAACAAGAUAUCAUGAUUUUAUGCAUUUUAGCUGUUUCUGAAGUUAUUUUUCUCUAAAUGUUUAAUUUAUGUAGUACCCAGGGCCAUCUUCAUUCUUAGGGUUUAUUAUUUUCAUUAAAUCGAAUCAGUAAGUUGUUUAUAAUCAUGUAAAUUUAUCUUAUUUUAAUGAUACUUUCAAUCAAAUACAUCAGAAAUGCAUGUAGUUUUACCCUUCGUUUUCGUACUAUCGAAGAGGGAUUUACUUUUUUUUUUUUUUUGGUGCCACUAGAAAUAUAGUCAUGUUUAAGUGUCGCAUCCUCAUUUUGAAAUCAUCUACACUUUGAGAGCAGUUGAUGUUUUUACCAGCCAUAACAUGGGCCUAGUUUUUUCUUCUACAACUGCUGCCUUUUGUGGAAAACUAUGGACACGAGCCAUUCAAAUAAUUACAUAGUGAUGAGGAAAAUUCCCUCAUGUAGCAAGGCCCUGCUUUGCUUGAAAUACCAGGAAAAAACGAAGAUGGCACAUGUUUGAUCAGAGAGACCCUUAUUGUGUUUGUAUGCGUUUUCCAUAAUGAGUGUGGGGAUUAACCAUGAUUUGGCACAAGCCAGCAUUAUCUUUGGACUUUGUCCAUUCCAGAGCGGGGAGCUUUAAAAAAGUCAUCUGAUUUUUCCCUUCCACUGGCUUUUUCUGUCGGAAAACAAGACGAUACAGUGCAGUUUAGUUUCUCACGCCCUCUUUUCUGAACCAAUCAGCGCUUCAGUCUGACUUUUGUAUAUGUUUGUAAUAUAGGCUAACCUCCGUGGUGUAAAUAUAUACGGUGCAUUUGUAUGCACAUAUACAGACUCUUCAUCUGUUGCUUUGGGACCAAGAACAACGCUAAAUCACUGUGAGAUUUAUCUGAAGUUAAACACAGUAACGUCAGACUUCUCAGCUAGAUACGUCAGUGUGAAUGCUGGAGAAGAUUGUGAACUGAAAUGAGGAAUAAUAGCCUAAUAAAAGACAAAACAAACCUCCAGUGCUAAUUUGA